AACUUACUGGCUGACUGGCUGACUGACUGACUGGAAAUCUGUACACCGCUCAUUACAAGGAAACUUUGCAACUUCUUUACAACCAAACUGGCGUUUUAUAGCAAAUCUAUACGACGCUAUUCACACGCACUAAAACGGCUUGCUUUUAUGUUUUUUGUUGUUGUUGUUGUUUUAACGCGGUUAAGACGUUUUGACUAAGUUACCGCGGCGAUAUUACACUUUAGAAUCAGCAAAAACGGAAGUAAACGUUGCGUGCAUAAAUCUAAGCGGUUUGUUUUUCUUGCCCGGUAUCCUCGUAAGAGUCAAACUGAAAGUGUUGACACGUUAAAACUUUGACUCGUUUCGUUUUUAGGUUUUUGUCCCUUAUGGCCGCUCGUACAUCAGCUCUUCUAUUGAUGCGCUUACAUCAGAGGCGCGCUCGUGCGCUCGCGACACUCCCAACACUAACAGACUCGAGUGUGCUGCUCGCGGAACUGACGCAUCGGUGUUUGUUCAGUUCAGCGGUGUCCAUGGCAGAGGAACCUUUAGUCACAGCAGGGAAUAACUUCCCAUUGGAUUACAGGCAAGAGCAAGAUGUUACGUGCUCCAGACGGGACUCUCAUGGGUGCUUUGUGAACCCUUGGACAACAUGGCAGUUCCCCUCCUACAGCACCAUGGCUCGCCUGUUCCUCACAGAGAAGAACAACAGUAAUGUUCCCAGUGCCAAAGAGGAUCUGGACCGUGAGUUGCCGAUUCAGGAGCCGUAUUUCGUGCAGAGGCCAGACCAGUGUGGGCAGACAGGCCCAUCUGUGAGAGCGACCUGGCUGGGUCAUGCCACUGUACUGGUGGAGAUGGAAGGACUGGUGUUUCUGACUGAUCCCAUGUUCAGCCAGAGAGCCUCUCCAGUGUCAUUCAUUGGCCCAAAGCGUUACCGUGACCCGCCUUGCACCAUAGAACAGCUUCCUCGCCUGGACGCAGUGGUGAUCAGUCACACACACUACGAUCACCUCGACGCAGGCUCUGUGGCAGCCCUGAACGCUCGCUUCGGUUCCGGUUUGCGCUGGUUUGUGCCGCUCGGGUUGGCCGAAUGGAUGCAGAAGGCAGGCUGUGAGAAUGUCACAGAACUGGACUGGUGGGUAGGAAGCCGCAUUCCCGGGCACGACAAUGUCACAUUUUUUUGCACGCCAGCACAGCACUGGUGCAAACGCACUGCUGUGGAUCACAACAAAGCAUUAUGGGGAAGCUGGACAAUCGUAGGUCCCCAUUGUCGUUUCUUCUUCGCUGGAGAUACGGGAUACUGUUCAUCAUUUAAAGAGAUUGGAAAACGCUUUGGACCAUUCGACCUGGCUGCCAUCCCGAUUGGAGCGUACCUGCCCAGAGGAAUCAUGAAGUCUCAGCAUGUGGACCCUGAAGAGGCUGUUCAGAUUCACAUGGACAUUCAGGCCAAAACAUCGCUGGCCAUUCACUGGGGGACGUUUGCUUUAGCCUAUGAGCAUUAUCUUGACCCUCCAGCAAGUUUGCAUGAGGCUAUGGUGAAUCAUGGAUUGAAUCCAGAUCUGUUCUUCACACUUCAUCACGGAGAGUCACGGAAGAUCAACCACAAGGACUCACACUAAACAGAAACCCAGAAAGUAUGCAGACACACACACAUAUAUAUAUAUAUAUAUAUAUAUAUAUAU